AUGUUUUUAUUUGCGUCUAACAACACUGUGGAGAAGAAACCCGGCUUCAAAAGACAGAGUUCUACAUUUUUGACUUAUAUUUUACUUUUUGAAUGUGACUCUGGUCCCCUCCCUCACCUCUGGUCCUCACCUCUGGUCCCCUCCCUCACCUCUGGUCCCCUACCUAACCUCUGGUCCCCUCCCUCACCUCUGGUCCCCUCCCUCACCUCUGGUCCCCUCCCUCACCUCUGGUCCCCUCCCUCACCUCUGGUCCCCUACCUAACCUCUGGUCCCCUCUCUCACCUCUGGUCCCCUCCCUCACCUCUGGUCCCCUACCUCACCUCUGGUCCCCUCCCUCACCUCUGGUCCCCUCCCUCACCUCUGGUCCCCUACCUCACCUCUGGUCCCCUACCUCACCUCUGGUCCCCUACCUCACCUCUGGUCCCCUACCUAACCUCUGGUCCCCUACCUAACCUCUGGUCCCCUACCUCACCUCUGGUCCCCUACCUCACCUCUGGUCCCCUCCCUCACCUCUGGUCCCCUCCCUCACCUCUGGUCCCCUCCCUCACCUCUGGUCCCCUACCUAACCUCUGGUCCCCUCCCUCACCUCUGGUCCCCUACCUCACCUCUGGUCCCCUACCUCACCUCUGGUCCCCUACCUCACCUCUGGUCCCCUCCCUCACCUCUGGUCCCCUCCCUCACCUCUGGUCCCCUCCCUCACCUCUGGUCCCCUCCCUCACCUCUGGUCCCCUACCUCACCUCUGGUCCCCUACCUCACCUCUGGUCCCCUACCUAACCUCUGGUCCCCUACCUCACCUCUGGUCCCCUACCUAA